AUGUGCCGUGUCUCCCGCCUCGUGUGCUUGGUGGCGGGGUGCGCUCUGCUCCUCUGUCCGCUGGUGCGCGGCUGUGGACCGGGGCGGGGGUACAGUAAACGGAGGAGCGCGCGGAAGCUGGCUCCGUUGGCGUACAAACAGUUCUCUCCGAACGUGGCGGAGAAGACGCUCGGAGCCAGCGGGAGGUACGAGGGCAAAAUCACCCGGAGCUCCGAGCGCUUUAAAGAACUCACCCCCAACUACAACCCGGACAUCAUCUUUAAGGACGAGGAGAACACGGGAGCGGACCGCCUCAUGACACAGCGCUGUAAGGACAAGCUAAACUCUCUGGCCAUCUCGGUCAUGAACCUUUGGCCGGGCGUUCGGCUGCGUGUCACUGAGGGCUGGGAUGAGGAUGGGCAUCACUCUGAGGAGUCUCUGCACUACGAAGGACGCGCUGUCGACAUCACCACCUCUGACCGUGACCGACACAAGUACGCUAUGCUAGCACGCUUAGCUGUAGAGGCGGGUUUCGACUGGGUCUACUAUGAGUCCAAGGCCCACAUCCACUGCAGUGUCAAGUCAGAUCACUCGGUAGGUGGCAAGUCCGGAGGCUGUUUCCCCGGCGAUGCCUUGGUCACCAUGGAGACGGAACUAAAAAAGCUGCUGCGUGACCUUCGACCUGGCGACCACAUGCUGGCCCUAUCCCGCAAUCAAGAGGGCCGACUGGAGUUCAGCAAAGUUCUGGCAUUUUUGUACCAAGGUCUUGAGGUUCUGAGUUUUUUACUCGAAAUGUGGACAAAAUUUGUGUUGACCGCGGCGCAUUUGGUGUUUGUCAGAAACUGCACAGAAGGGGCGUCUGUGGUUAGUGACUUGACCACAGUAUUUGCUAGCAAGGUACGGAUUGGGAAGUGCUUUUUGGUCUAA